AAACUUUUUGACAAACGGAAAUCCCGGAUCGCCAAACAUUUCCGACCGGCGCAACGCCUUGCAAAGCGAUUCAAUACGCAUCUAUCCAUGGCCGACGAGGAAAAAGGAGUGCCGGCGGCGGAAGAGAAAAAACCCUGGCUUCCUAACCCUCGCGAGGGCGAGCAUGUCUUUGGAGUUGCGCACAUCUUCGCCUCCUUCAAUGAUACCUUCGUGCAUGUCACCGAUCUUUCCGGGAAGGAGACGAUCGUACGCGUGACCGGCGGAAUGAAGGUGAAGGCUGACCGCGAUGAGGCGUCCCCGUAUGCCGCGAUGCUUGCCGCUCAAGACGUCGCUGUCCGUUGCAAGGAGCUCGGGCUUACUGCCCUUCAUAUCAAGAUGCGCGCGACAGGUGGGAACAAAACCAAAAGCCCUGGACCCGGUGGUCAGUCAGCUCUGCGCGCGUUGUCCCGCUCAGGCCUCAAGAUCGGUCGCAUCGAGGAUGUUACUCCGGUUCCCACUGAUAGCACCCGCAAGAAGGGAGGGCGCAGAGGUCGUCGUCUAUAAGUUAGUGAGGUAUGAAGGUAGCUUCAUAGCGUUUUUUCACGCUGGCAUUCCUAAAUUCAAGUUAAGAGUAUUCAUG